UUGACGCCAUUUAUUUUAUCAAACGGCGUGAAGCCUUCCGUCACGUUGUUUCGAAGUCUUAUAAAUUCCCUUUUCUGCUUUUGUUCUGCUUAUCUCCAGCUGCUAGAACAGGAGGAGAUAACACAGAAACUUUUGCUCAGCUGAGAGAUCUUACGGGAUACUGCAGCCAUGGCAGACUUCUUCGACAGCGAGGCAGAGGUGUCUGAUGAAGAUGUCAAGCUAAGCAGUGAUGAAGAAGAAGAUGAGGAAGGAGGUGAGAAUGAGAAUCUGGACGAUCUGAUCAACGAUGAGGAGGAAGAAGAAGACCAAGGAGGAUCAGGGUCAGAUGAAGAGAUCGGAAUUGGCAAGAAGAAGAAGCGGAAACGGAGAGAAAUUGAUGACCGGCUUGAGGAUGACGACUAUGAACUGAUCGAAGAGAAUACUGGAGUUAAAGUUGAGAGGAAAAAGUUCCGGCGAGUGAAGCAAAUCUCGGAUGAGGAGGACAGCGAUGAUGGAGAGGGAAACUCAGCUUCACUGAACGAGGCUCAUCAACGAGAUGUCAUCGCUAGAGAGAUCUUCCAGGAAGACAUGGAGGAAGAAGAAGAGGAACCGCCGGAGGAGGGUGAGAUUCGAGAGAGAGAUCCAAUGGAAGAUCAGUACGCAGAGAUCGAAUCCGACGAAGAAGAAUCUGAUCCGGAUGACUUCAUAGUCGACGAUGAGGGCCAACCACUAGCAAAGAGGAAGAAGAAAGGUCAUAAAGGUCAUCGCUACACAGAUGCGGCUCUCCAAGAAGCUCAAGACAUCUUUGGUUUGGACUUUGACUUCGAGGAAUUCAACCAGUACGACGAGGACUAUGAGGAAGCUGGGGAGGAAGACUCGGAGUAUGAGGAUGAAGAGGAUGAGGUUGGUGAUGGAACGAGGAGAGUACGCAAAGCUGGCAAGAAGAGAUCAUCCAAGAAAAGCAUCUACGAUGUAUUUGAGCCCAGUGAUUUGGAGAGAGGUCACUUCACUGAUAUCGAUAGUGAGAUCAGAGCAACUGAUAUACCAGAAAGAUGUCAGCUUCGCCGGGUACCAGUCACCAAGGCAGGUGACCCUGAGCUUGACGAGGAGGCGGAGUGGAUCUACAGACAGGCUUUCUUAACACCUCCAACCUCUAAUCAGGAAAGCUCAGAGCAGGACAGCGGGUAUGGCUCAGGCUAUGAGAGGAAACCGCCACGCACCAAGAACAGAAUCCGAGAGGCCCUGCAUUUCAUGCGUAACCAACACUUUGAGGUGCCGUUCAUUGCCUUCUACCGUAAGGAAUACGUAGAGCCCGAGUUGAACUUCAAUGAUCUGUACAAGGUUUACCAUUGGGAUGAGAAGUGGUGUCAGCUCAAGAACCGGAAGGAGAACUUGAAGAAGCUGUUUGGGAAGAUGCAGGCUUAUCAGUUUGAUCAGAUCAGUACGGAUGACCUCCUGCCUGACUCAAUCAGACCCUUAACGGAGGCAGACUUACACAGACUCGAGGAGGUAGACUCCAUGGAUAAACUGAAGGACGUCUACAUGCACUUCCUCCUAUACUACGGACGGGACAUCCCCAAGAUGCACAAUGCCCUCAAGAGAACCAACAAGAAGAGUAAAAAGAGAACUGUCCAGACCAAGCUUAUCCGUCGCCCCGUCAAGAAGAUGGUCACCAGGACGAUACGCCGCCCCAAGGAGAAGAAACCCAAGGAGGAUGGAGAGGAAGAUGAGGAAAAAGAAGAAAAAGAGGACAAAGAGGAAGGGGAGGAGGAUGGCGAAGAGAAAGAGAAGAAGGAUGAGGAUUCUGAAUCUGAGGAGGAGGUUGAAAUCGAAGAGGAGGUGGACACUGAGGAGGAGGUUGAGGUCGAGGUUGAGGAACCUGAAGAGGAUGAGGAGACCGGUGAAGAGGGUACCAGUCACCAGAUCAAGCAGGCCACCAGGAAGUCUAUGUACGCGAUAUGCCAAGAGGCUGGACUCGAUGCCCUUGCCAAGAAGUUCGGUCUGACCCCUGAGCAGUUUGGUGAGAAUCUUCGGGAUAAUUACCAACGAUACGACCCUGAGCAACACCCAAUGGAGCCUGCUGAGACAGCUAGGGAAUUCAUAUCCAGUAAAUUUGCAACGGAGGAGUCGGUGAUGAAAGCAGCAGGUUACAUGGUGGCGCUGCAGCUAGCCAACGACCCGUUAGUGCGUCAGUGCGUCCGACAGACUUACUACGAGCGAGCGAAGAUCAGUGUGCGUCCUACAAAGAAAGGAAUCAAGGAAAUUGACGAGUCCCACCCGAGCUACAGCUGUAAAUACCUGAAGAACAAACCAGUCAAGGAGCUGGUGGGAGACCAGUACCUGAAACUCCUUCAAGCUGAGGAAGAGAAACUACUCAAGAUUGUCAUGGACAUUGACCUGGAGAAAAGCAGCAGUGACAGCUACCAGCCGACACCCUACUUUGAGGAAAUCAAGCAGCUGUACUACCGAGAUGAGUUCAGUCACAACGUCCAGGAAUGGAACAAGGAGAGGAGUGCGGCCAUUGAGACAGCACUCCAUAAGAUCCUGUACCGGGAGAUGGCUAAGGAGCUCAAGAGCAAACUAGUGCAGGAGGCUAAAGACGGCAUCAUCAAGCUAUGUUGUCGUAAGUUGUUUGACUGGCUGAAGGUGAUGCCAUUCCAAGUAGAUCAACAGAUGGAGGAAGAUGAAGAUGACUAUCUCGAUGUGAACAGUCGGAUGGGUCUACGGGUCAUGGGACUCUCCUUCUCUAGUGAGAUGGACUCGGCUGCCUUUGCCGCGGUGAUAGACGGCGAUGGUGAGAUGGUAGACUUCCUGAGGUUGCCGCACUUCUUGAGGAGGAAGAACAGCUUCUACCAGCGGGAUCGGGACCUGAAGCAGGCCGACAUGGACUCCCUGAAGGAAUUCAUCUCCAGCAAGAAGCCUCAUGUCAUCGCGGUUGGAACAGAGUCAAGGACCACCCUUGGUGUGAUCAAGGACAUCCAGCAGUGUGUGUCUGAUCUAGAGGCAGAGCAGCAAAUUGCUCCCAUUAGCGUGCAGAUGAUAGACUCCAACGUAGGGGAGGUGUACGCUGCAACCAACAUGGCUGAGACAGAGUUUAGGAAAUACCCGUCCUUGUUGCGGCAGGCCAUCUCAGCGGCUCGUAGGCUCCAGGACCCUCUGGUGGAGUUAGCUCGAUUGUGCAAUCCAGACGAGGAUCUCAUGUGCCUGAAAUUUCAUCCCAUGCAGGACGCUGUGAGCCGAGAGGAGCUCCAGGAGGCCCUGCAGCAGGAGUUCAUCUACAGGGUCAACGAGGUGGGUGUUGAUGUCAACCGGGCCAUUGCGCAUCCACACACGCAGAGCUUGGUACAGUUCAUAUGUGGAUUGGGUCCACGCAAGGGCAACGCCAUCGUCAGGACAUUGAAACAGCAGAACCAGCGUCUUGAGAAUCGUAAUCUGUUAGUCACUGUGUGUAAGCUGGGCCCCAAGGUCUUCAUUAACUGUGCUGGCUUCAUUAGAAUUGACACAACCUCGCUAGGAGACAGCUCUGAUUCCUACAUCGAGGUGCUAGACAGCACCCGUAUCCACCCAGAGACCUAUGAGUGGGCCCGCAAGAUGGCUGUGGAUGCCCUGGAGUAUGACGAGUCUGCUGACGAUGCCAACCCAGCCGAGGCCCUCGAGGAGAUCCUGGAGAAUCCAGACAAGUUGAAAGAUCUGGAUCUGGACGCUUUCGCUGAAGAGCUGGAGAGACAGGGGUACGGAAAUAAGAGCAUUACUCUGUACGACAUCCGAGCUGAGCUGAACAGUCGCUACAAGGAUCUGCGGUCACCGUACCACCCACCAUCAGCUGAGGAAACCUUCAGCAUGCUGACCAAAGAAACACCAGAGACAUUCUACAGAGGUAAGAUGGUGCUGUGUACAGUGACUGGCAUUGCCAGGAGGAGACCACAGAAGGAUCAGCUAGACCAGGCUAACCCGGUCAGGAACGAUGAGACUGGAUUGUGGCAGUGCCCGUUCUGUCAGCAAGAUGACUUUCCGGAACUCAGUGAGGUAUGGAGCCAUUUCGAUGGCGGCAAUUGUCUGGGUCAGGCUGUCGGGGUCAGAGUUCGUCUGGACAACGGGAUUCAGGGCUUCAUCCCGACUAAGAUGAUCAGCGACAAGAGGGUGUCCAGUCCAGAGGAAAGAGUCAAGGUUGGCAUGACGCUGCAUUGUCGCAUCACCAAGAUCGAGAUUGAGCACUUCCGCGUGGACCUGACGAGUCGAAGCUCAGACCUCCAGGACAAGAACGCGGAGUUCGCCCCGGCCAGGGACAAUUUUUUCGACCACAACCUUCACGAGAAGGACCAGAAAAAGGACGAAGACACAAAGAAGAAGUCUGCUCAGGCGUACGUGAAGCGAGUUAUUGUCCAUCCUUCAUUCCACAACAUCACAUUCAAGGAUGCAGAGAAACUUCUGAUCAACAUGGAUUUAGGUGAAGUGGUCAUCAGGCCCAGCAGUAAGGGAGGAGACCACCUGACAGUAACGUGGAAGGUGGAUGAAGGAAUCUACGCCCACAUUGAUGUCAGAGAAGAAGGCAAAGAGAAUGUCUUUAGUCUUGGGACGUCACUUUGGAUCGGCAGUGAGGAAUUUGAAGAUCUUGAUGAAAUCAUCGCUCGUCACAUCCAGCCCAUGGCUGCGUACGUUCGCGAUACCAUGCAGCACAAGUACUACCGAGACACUGAGGGCGGCAAACGGGAAAUAAUGGAGAAGCACCUCGGCGGAGAAAAGCGCAAACAGCCAUCGCGUAUCCCGUACUUCAUGAGUUUCACUAAAGAUUAUCCAGGGAAAUUAUUGUUGUCUUAUCAGCCACGCAGUAAAGCAAGACAUGAGUUUGUCACGAUCACACCCGAGGGUUAUCGCUACCGAGGGCAGAUUCACCAGACACUGAAUGCACUCCAUCGAUGGUUCAAGGAACACUUCAGGGACCCUAUACCUGGAGUCACUCCAGCAAGUGUUCAUCGCACUCCAAUGGUGGCUGCACCGGAGAGAACACCAGCAGUCUACAGUUACAUGGGCACCCCGAUGAUCCAGAAAUCUGGUGCAGGGUUCAACCAACUGUACGCCACACCCAGCAUGAGCAUAGCUACUCCACGUCAAACCCCUGGUGCCACGCCCCAGAUCAACGCAGCCGCCCGCUAUGGCACGUACUCUGGGGCCUACUCCAACAUUCCGUCGUAUGCCACGCCCCAGACCAAUAACCCCCUGUCUACGCCCAGGAUGACGCCCUCAUAUCAGCCCAUGCAGACUCCAUCACAGAACGCAAUACGCACCCCUCAGAUCAACCCGAUGCGAACACCGCAGAUCAAUCCAAUGAGGACACCCCAGCAGAAUCCUGGUCGCACCCCGCAGACUGCCCCAGGGGGCCAGACCCCCCAGCAGGUGGCCAUGAGGACCCCCCAGUACCAACCUACCCCCAAGCAGAGCAGCUGGGGCAACAGUACAGCCACCGCCCAGCAGGUCGUCUCUGCUAUACAGCAACAACUUCAAAGGACCAGCUCUUCAAGAUCUGGCUCAGCGGCCGUGGACUGGGCGAGCCAAGCUGCUCAGUGGGCUUCCCGUCGACAGGACCACGGCAAGAGUAGCAAGGAACCCUCGGCCAGCCCAGCCAACACAAGCCGUCGCUCUUACCAACCAAGUCCAAGGAGCUACCCACAACCCAGUCCCAAGAGUUACCCGCAACCGAGUCCCAAGAGUUACUCCAGCAGCCGUAGCCCGAAGCAGCGUUACCCAGAGCCCAGUCCCUACCCCGAGCCCAGUCCCAUGUCGAUCUCUACCACUCCAGCGCCAAGUAUGGGCGGGGAUGCUACUCCACUCUUCGACGAGACGUAGAAUCGCAUAAUCAUUGUCUAAGUAUGUCAUUAUAAAUAAAUCUACAUGAGCAAACUCCACCGUUCAACAAAAACUUGUUGACUCUGAAUUUUCUAAAUAGGAUAAACAUUAAUCCAACCAAGUGAAAACCAACUUGAAACAGCUGUGAUGUUCAACGAUACGGGGAAGAAAAAAAAAAACCUUCUUGGAUGGAUUUACAAACUGCACAAUGAUGUUUGUUAUCUUAAUGAUAAUUAUUGGAAAUUUAUCUGAGAAAACACUUGUACUUAAUCCUGGAAUUUCUUCAGACACCAACCAGUAAUAUAUAUUGAAGCAUUGUGUACAGUAUUUGAAUAGUGGAUGUUCAUGUUCAACUAGGAGCAAGUUUACGAUGCCAACCUUUCGCAGUCACGCAUGCGGGAAGUUUUUUACUCGAUCGCAUCUAGUCGAUCGACGAGUCGACACACUCAGUGCAUUUUGUAGAGCAGAUGAUAGGAUGAUACAUUACAGGGCUUUUGGUGAUUUGUUGUGCUACAUUUUCAGUUGAUGUACAAGUAAUGACAUAGCCAUAUUGUCACCACCUCUCCUAUCUUUCUUGAGAAGAGGCAGGAAUUUUAUGUAUAGUUGACCAUGAAAUUGCUUUAAAAGUUAUGGUAGCGUUGGGAAAAUCUGUUAUUUGCACAAAAGUUUUACUGGACACAAGAUGGCACGGACACUUGCAUACGUGUACAUUUUUGUGGUUAUUGAUAAGACAACAAAAAUUGUGGUUUUUUUUCUCCCUAAAAGUAGGUUUGUUACACUUUUUGAGCACAAUUAAAAUUUGUAUUUAUUUUUAUUCUUACAAAGAAAGCAUUCAUUUCAUUUGAAAUGUGCCAUAAUGUGUUAAUAUCACACUUGAGUAUUUUGUAACCAUUAUUUUUUUAAUUUACUUCCAUUUUUUUUUUAAGUGAAUAUUGGCGGACAUGAUCGACAUCCUACAUUGCUAAAUUUCUGUGUGCUUUAUAAUCGUACAAUUUGCACGAUGGAUUUAAAAUGAGGAUUGCUUGCGAGAUUUACAGGAAACUUGACCUAAAAUUAUCUGAGAAUUUUGUUUUAAAAGACUAAGUAGUUAGAGUGCUGAUUAUUGUGUAAAAAGUAAGUUAAGAUAUUCAGCAUGAAAACAAAAAACCGAAGGAAAAGGUUGAAGGUUUAAUAGAAAAUAAAAUGGUUUAUUAAUUUCCGUUUGUAAAUUCUGACCAAGGUCUGCAGUAGACUUGUUAGCGAACUUUACAGUAAAUUUUCAUCAUGACAUGUAUGAUUAAAUUUGAGUACAAAUCAAUUAAAAAUAAUGUUGUAUAUUUAAAAAACUUAGUUAACCCUUGUUCGAAUGUAAAACUUACCGUUGCUUUCUGUAAGCUACACACUAUCAACCUAAAAUUGUACAUUUUUUAGGUAUUUCAUGUAUUUCGUGAACUAAAUUGAGGCUACCUUGCCUCAUGCAGUAAAAUAA